AUGUUCCACCUGGACGCGCGUAUCGAGCAUUACAUUGAACAUGGAAGAGGGAAUAUCCCAAAUCUCCCGAACGAGAUGUUCAUCACGCAGCCGCCUGUUGAGAGGAUCAGACUUCAUUUCCGAUACUUCGAAGCUUGGACCGACAGGCCUGCGGGCUAUGACCGCUGCGAGCUGUCCACUUGCGGCGGCAUCAAGGUCAAGGAUCUGGUUACGGGUGCGAGGGAGACGCUCGAGAGGGACGCCUGUUUUUACGACGAUGAGCCGGACUUCAGACUGCACCUUGAGCUGAAGAAUGGGCAAGAGCUCGUCUAG